CGCGGCUCCGCGUCCCGCCGGUUGUAUGGUCCAGGCCUCAAUGAGGAGCCCAAACAUGGAGACGUUCAAGCAACAGAAGGUGGAGGAUUUUUAUGACAUUGGAGAGGAGCUGGGAAGUGGCCAGUUUGCCAUCGUGAAGAAGUGCCGAGAGAAGAGCACCGGGCUGGAGUACGCCGCCAAGUUCAUCAAGAAGCGGCAGAGCCGGGCCAGCCGGCGGGGCGUGUGCCGGGAGGAGAUCGAGCGGGAGGUGAGCAUCCUGCGCCAGGUGCUGCACCCCAACAUCAUCACGCUGCACGACGUCUACGAGAACCGCACCGACGUGGUGCUCAUCCUCGAGCUAGUGUCUGGAGGAGAACUGUUCGACUUCCUGGCCCAGAAGGAGUCACUGAGUGAGGAGGAGGCCACCAGCUUCAUUAAGCAGAUCCUGGACGGGGUGAACUAUCUUCACACAAAGAAAAUUGCUCACUUUGAUCUCAAGCCAGAAAACAUUAUGUUGUUAGACAAGAAUAUUCCCAUUCCACACAUCAAGCUGAUUGACUUUGGCCUGGCUCAUGAAAUAGAAGAUGGAGUGGAAUUUAAGAACAUUUUUGGGACACCAGAAUUUGUUGCUCCAGAAAUCGUGAACUAUGAGCCGCUGGGACUGGAGGCUGACAUGUGGAGCAUUGGCGUCAUCACCUACAUCCUGCUAAGCGGCGCUUCCCCGUUCCUGGGAGACACGAAGCAAGAGACGCUGGCAAACAUCACAGCGGUGAGUUAUGACUUCGAUGAGGAAUUCUUCAGCCAGACGAGCGAGCUGGCCAAGGACUUCAUCCGGAAGCUUCUGAUCAAGGAGACGAGGAAACGGCUCACCAUCCAAGAGGCUCUCAGACAUCCGUGGAUCAUGCCGGUGGACAACCAGCAAGCCAUGGUGCGCAGGGAGUCCGUGGUCAACCUGGAGAACUUUAAGAAGCAGUAUGUCCGCAGGCGGUGGAAGCUCUCCUUCAGCAUCGUCUCCUUGUGCAACCACCUCACCCGCUCCCUGAUGAAGAAGGUGCACUUGAGGCCCAGCGAGGACCUGGUGAGGAAAUGCAGAGCUCCUGGGUGCUCUGGAGCUGGGAGUGGGAGGAACUGCGAGAGUGACUCUGAGGAGGACAUCGCCAGGAGGAAAGCCCUCCUCCCCCGGAGGAGGAGCAGUACCUCCUAACAGGCCCAGCUUGCAGUGGCCACCAGGGAGGUCCCAGGCUCAAGGUCCCUUGGGUCCCUUUUGUGCAUCCUGGACCCUGCUCACAACCAGCAUCCAGGCAUUCUGUGUCCCCCAAGCGCUUUGCAAGAGAGAGGGGACUGCAGGACGCAGAACUUGCAGGACGUCCAGAAGACCCUGGGAGCGGUGGCUUCCUCGUGUAGCGGAGGCUCCAGUAUUCGUAAAGCUUAAGCUGGCUUUCUGUCUGCCAACCUCAGAACCCGGGAUGGGUUGUGGACUUGGGAAGAAGGAUGUGAAGGAACAUCAUCUUGGUCACAAAGUGAAGGUCACAUUCAGCUUUCCUCACGAGGUGAUGGAGCUCAGAACUAACCUGGUCAACAGUCACACCAGGAAGGCAGAGGCCUCUCCUGUCAGAACAGGGUUAGCACAUGAGGAGAACCCGGGAGCAUGAGGGACCAAUCCUGAGGACCUUCCAGAAGCCGUGUGGAGUGAGAAUGUCAGACAUCAGAUCUUCUAAGCCAACCUGUCGCCCGGCCCACUGUGUUGUAAUGUUGCUGUUUUUAUUAAACUUCUUGUGUACUCAAUGCUUGGCUUCUUAGAGAGCUACCCCCAUCGGAUUUCCUGUAGCCCAAGUGCCUCUGACUGGGGGAGCAGCCAGGCUUGAUGCUGAGUGAACAGAACCUCAGAAGGUGAUUUUGAACUGCCCCCUCUUGCCAGCAGCUGUGUGCCUUCUCCAUCCUUCCUUGAAGGUGCCCAGCCCAUGUGCCAGCACUGAAUGGUAAAGCUCCCUCUACCACCAUCAUCUGGUUAGGGGUUGACUUGUGUCUCCCCAAAUCCGUGAGUUGAAGUCCUAGCCCUCCGUAACACAGAGCAUCCCUGUUAUUAAACAGGUAACUUUCAGUUGCAGUGAGGUCAUCCAAGUAGGUCCUAACACAAUAUGACUCAUGUCCUUAUCAUAAGAAGAGGAGAUUUGUGCUGGAAAUGGUGGCUCAUGUGUGUAAGCUAGCACUCAGGAGGCUGAGGCAGAAGGAUCUUUCCACGAGUUGAAGUCUAGUCUGGUCUACACAGUGAGUUCCAGGGCUACCUAGCCAGACCCUGUCUCAAAGAAGGAAGGAAGGAGGGAAGGAGGGAGGGAAGGAGGGAAGGAGCCCUAAAGACACGUCAUUCUCAAAUAUCUGGUUUCUGUUGUGAGAAAAUAAAUCUGUUACUUAAGCCAA